AUGGCAAGAGUUUGUGAUGGAGACACGGCCUAUCUCUUUGGCUUCCCCUGGAGUGAGCAACAGGAUGGACCCAUCUACGGGGCUGAUGAUGACACUUUGGCUGCUUACGACCUCACUCUGCUGGAGUUGGCCAAGGGAGCCAAGAAGACACAGGAUACGUAUGGGUUUGCCAAAAAUAUUGACGAUUCGAGCAAGUCCGCCAUUACCAAGAAUUACGAGGAUCCUUCUUCGUCUACUGAUCUUUUCGUGGGAAUUCCCCUCUGCGAUCUUGACGCAAUUGAGGACUUUUGGAGAUCCCACAAAGAUGAUUGGGAUGGUAUUAUAAUGACUGCACAGGGUACUGCUCAAUACAUUGCCCAACAAAGCUGUGCGCAAUACAAUAUCACAAUCGACAGCAAGACUCAAAGUUGGCCUCUCAGUGAGAAAGAUUUUCCAACAAAACGGCUUUGGCUUUAA